AUGCCUCCAAGAACCAACAGAAAGAAGGCUUCCUCUUCAAAGGAAUCUGCUCCACAAACACCGAAAAGAAAAUCAAGAAACGAAGAAGAAACUUCCUUCACCCCUGCUGGCACACCUAGUCAAUCACUCUCUGAAUCAUUGUUUAGUUUGUCAGCAAGUCAAGCACAAUUGUCUCAAUUUUUGGAUGAAGGAGAAGAGGUUUCAGAUGUCUUGUCAGGAGCAUAUAUUUCUGAAAGUAUUGCCAGUGGAGAUUUCACUGGUAGAAUGAAGAAAGUUGCUGAUAUUCUGAAAGGAAUGGGUCAAUUGGCCACUCCGGAAGAUGCUCCUUGGGAUGAAUUAUUUCUAGCCAAUUUAAUUGAUAAAAAGAUUAUUUCAAACAGAUCAGAAGAGGUAAAAGUCUAUGCCGCUCGUACAAUUGUAGAUGUUUUGAGAGUGACAGCACCAGACUGUCCUUUUGAUGAAGAAGAUUUACCAAAAAUAUUUAGAUUUAUUAUUGACCAAAUUGUAGCAUUAAGUCAAGGAUCAGGGUCAUUAUUCUCUCAAAGAUUUUACUUGUUAGAAAGACUAUCUAUAGUCAAAAUUUUCAUCAUGUUGGCAAACUAUGAUGAAUGUGAAAGUCUUAUUAUUCCAUUAUUUGAGUCGCUGUUUAGAAUUGUCACAGACUGUGAAACAAAUCAACCUCAAAAAGUUAUUUCAUAUAUUUGUGAUAUAAUGAUCUCAGUCAUUGAGUCUGUUGAUACUGUCGAUUCAAAGUUAAUUGAAGUGUUAAUUCAACCACUUCUAGAAAAUAGAUCCAAGCUCCCCUCUGAGGAAGAGGAGACCGAGGACAAGGAUGAACAAAACGACGAAGAAUCCCAUUUCUCUGCUAAACAUAUUGCUAAAACCGUUCUAGAUAAGACUCAAGAGCACAUUUCCUCUCAGCUAAACGAUUAUCUCAAUGACAUCUUAAAAGAGCUUGAAAAUACCAAAGACAAGACCAAAUCUUCCUACAAAAAGAAACGUGCAAGAGUUUUCAGCUUGAUAUAUGAGAUUAACCUUGUCUCAUCAAGAUUAUUGUUGACGGUGAUGCCAAAUCUUUGUAUUCAAUUGAAGGAUGAAGACGUUCAAGAGUAUCCAAACAUUUUUGAAACAGACUUUUUGUCGAGAUUCAGUGACAAAGAUAAUCGUGUACGAAUUUACAUGAGCAAAUUUGCCAGUGGAAUGAUUAAGAACCAUCCAGUGAGCAGUAAGACACUCAACGAAAAAUUAGCUGAAAGAAUGAUGGAUCCAGACGAAAAAGUGAGAAGAAAUGUUGUUGAAACUGUCAUCAACGUAGCCAUGGACAGCCCUGCAUUGAUAUCAGAUGAAACCAUGCAAAAACUUCAAGAAAGAGCACGUGAUAAGAAAGCUGUUUUGAGAUUGCAUACAUUAAGUUUGUGUGCACAACUGUAUAACCACCAUGCAACAGAGGCUUUGAAGAUGACAGACUCUUGGGAAAAUACCACCAGUGAUAGACUCGCAUGGAUUCCGAAUAAUGUAAUCAAAUACUAUGCAGAGCAACACGAGCAAGUAAUCUCUCACAGACUAUUUAUUGAAAAAAUUAUUGAUGAAACUUUGUUAGAUCAAGGUGCACUUAGAUCCAAGACUUUAUUAGACAUAUAUAGAAAGCUUGACGAUAUGGCAAAGCAAGUUCUUGAAUCAAUAAUCUCUCAAAAGAAAGUCUUCCAAACUUUAGUGACAAAUUUACUUGAUCUUGAUACAGAGAACACUGAUUCACAAGUUAUUUCUUCUCUGUCAUCAUUACUUCCAGAUGAAUCUCUUGGAAAGAGAAUUUGGAAAGAAAUAUCUACACGAGGAAAAAAACAAAGUGAUGAUGCCAUCAAAGUCUUAAAGGCCUGUCUAAAUAUUAACUCUUCAUUUAAGGAUGUCACCAAACUCAAAAAGAAAGGAGAUGACAAGCUAGUAGGAGACAAAAAAGAAGAGAAGGAUUAUAUGAAAACCGUCAUUCAAAGACUUGCAAUGACUCUCUUUACCAAAGAACAAGCUAAUGACAUGAUCGAAUUGGCACAGAAAUUCUCCAACUCAUCUCAACAUUCAAUGGCUUUAUCGGCCAUGCAUCUUUUGAACGUCAUUGUUCAAUUCUAUCCUUCUCUUGGAAAGGACACUAUCGCAGCAUCUAUUGAAUUGAUGGAAAAGGAGGAAGACUAUGAAAUCAAUCUCAUUACUCUCAAAGUACUCUCUCACACUGCUGUUGAUUUGGAAAAGACAAAGUUCUCUUUGGCUAGUGAUCUUGAAGACAAACUAGUUACUUUCUGUACUAAAGGUAAACCAAAGGAAGUCAAAAGAGCAGCAACUGUCAUCACAAAGGCCUUUAUAUCUCCAGAGAAUAUAUUUUCCAAGAUACUCCUUCAUGCAAAAGACAAUUUAGAUUAUGGAGAACCAUUAUUGACCUCGUUGGCUGCAAUCAGACAAGUAAUUAUUCAUGAAAUUGAAAUGUUUAGAACACAUGAAGAAGAAGUUAUGGACUUUGUUCUCAAUCAUGUUGUACUUUGGGAUAGAGAAGAACGAAGUAGUGACUGGAGCACUCUUUCUUUGGAUACUGAGACCAAGAUUCAAGCACUAAAACUACUUGUUGAUUACACCAUUGCUUGUGCCAAGGAAGGAGUAACGAGUGAAUCCGAAUCUGUGAGCUCAAAACUAGUUGGAAUUCUUUUUGAUAUUCUUACUUAUAAAGGAUCUAUCAAAGACAUCUUGGAAAAGGAUCUAGAAAAAUCAGACAAAAUGGAUACCACCGAAGAAGAAGAUACCAACGAGUCUAAGAAGAAGGAUUCCAACGAAAAGAAAAUAGAAAUUGAUAGAGCCGCUCUUAGACUCAUUGCUGUAAAAUCAAUUAUUAAUCUGACCAAAUCUUCUGAUUUCAACUUGAAUUUGAAGAUGGAACGCUUUUUGCAACUUGCAUUCACGUCAUUGGACUCAUUUGUGGAAGUUAGAAAGGGUUUACUUGAAAAACUUUUCAAAGAGCUUAGAAAAGCCCAGCUAGGCAAUGGAUUUUCUGCAAUUCUUUUGCUAUUUGUUGGUGAUAAGAACGCUGACUUGGCAGUUAGGGCCAAAAAGUAUUUCUCCAAGUUAGUUCCUCUCAAGAGAGCUCUAAUUGCAAGAACGAAGGGUCUUACACUAACAUCUCGCUCUGCAUAUGAUAUCUUCCCAGAAUAUAUUCUUCCCUAUCUUAUAUUUUUGCUGGCUAGACAUCCAUUAUUUGCAUCUGAAGAGCCUCAAUUUUUAACAUUCCAAAAAAUUUUAUAUGCAUACUUUGAUGAAGUCACUCAUGAUAUUGAUAACUUGUCAUUUUUCCAUCAAUUAAUUACCAAGUUGAAACAACGAAAGGAUGCAAUUAAUCUAAAAUCAGUCAAUCACUUGAUAGUUUGUGACAUGGCCAUUUCAAUUGUAAACAGAUGUGCUGAAAACUCUGGCAAGGCUGCAUCCUCUGUACCUUUUCCUGGAAAGAUCUUUGUUCCUUCAUUCUUCAAAACAGCUGAUGGUGACGACGAGGACGGCUCCAAUAUUGACACCAUUAAGACACUUUAUCUACCAAGUGGAUUCAAAUUGAAUGAAAAGCUUGCAAGACAAGUUCAACCAACAGAAAAGCAAACAAAGCAAAAGAAGGCAAAGACGACAACGAAGACGACAACUGUUGAAGGAGAAAAGAAGAGAAAACGUAAGACAACUAAAUCGACCUCAUCUGGUACAAAGAAAAAGAAAGAAGAGGAGCCAAGCAAACGAUCUCUUCCAAGUCGAUCAGCGAAACAAAACAGAAAGAAGAUUGAAGAAAGUGAGGAAGAAAGCGAGCACGAAGAAAGCGAACAAGAAAGUGAGCAAGAAAGUGAACAAGAAGAAAACAAUGACUCGGAAGAAGAAACAACGGUCGCUCCAAGAACGGCAAAGAAAAAACAAUCUAAGGAACCUGCCCAGAGUGUGACUUCGAAAAAGAAGAAGAAGUUUUAA